UUUAAUUGUACUAAAUAUUAUUAUAUUAAAUAAGAGUAAUUCUUGAAAUGCACAGUAGAGUAUAAAUGCAGUAUUGAUGACACUAUGAAUAUUGCACAGUUGAAUUAUUGUACAAUUUAUUCUACAGUUUAGUAGUAUCUUUGAACAUAAUUUGUAUGUUUUGGUGUUUUACAGGUGAGGAUUUCCUGCUUUCAUUGUCACCGUGUUAGCAGCACAUCUCCUGAUGCUGCUGUCCGUUCCCUUUCCUCCCUCAUCAGGAGCUCAGCUACCAGAUCAGGGUCAAGCCAAGGAUGCCCCCAUAGCCACCAACGGCCAGCCGUUCCCAUGGGACAGCAUGAGACUUCCUAAAACCAUCUCCCCCGUCCACUAUGACCUGACCAUCCAUCCCAACCUGACCACCCUCGACUUCACCGGAGUCGUUCGUAUCCAGCUGGACGUGCACGAAGACACCAGCAGCAUCAUCCUCCACUCCAAGCAGCUGCAGAUAUCCAACGUGGGGCUCCUUGAAACUGAAGGUUUGAAGCCUCUCCGGGUGUUGGAGUAUCCUCUUUUCGAUGAGAUCGCUCUGCUGUCAGACUCGGUGCUGACCAAAGGUAGGAGGUAUGAAGUUCAGCUGGAGUUCGCUGCCAACCUUUCUGACAGCUUCAGUGGUUUCUACAAGAGCACCUACCGCACCAGCAGUGGAGAAGACCGGGUUCUGGCUUGCACGCAGUUUGAAGCCACCUUUGCUCGAGGAGCUUUCCCCUGUUUCGAUGAGCCCGCCUUCAAAGCCAACUUCACCAUACGGAUUAUACGAGAGCCACGCCACAUCGCCAUAUCCAACAUGCCCAAGGUAAAAACUGUGGAUUUGCCGGGCGGUUUGCUGGAGGAUCACUUCGACACGUCUGUGAAAAUGAGCACUUACCUGGUGGCCUACAUUGUGUCUGACUUCCUGUCUGUGAGCAAGACCACCCGGCAUGGUGUCAAGAUUUCAGUCUACGCUGUACCUGAGAAGAUCGACCAGACGGCCUACGCGCUGGAUGCUGCUGUCAAGCUGUUGGACUUCUACAAUAAAUAUUUUGAUAUUCCUUACCCACUCCCCAAACAGGACCUGGCUGCUAUCCCUGACUUCCAGUCGGGUGCGAUGGAGAACUGGGGGCUGACCACCUACAGAGAGACGAGCCUCCUCUUCGACCCUGACAAGUCCUCAGUUUCAGACAAACUGGAAAUCACCAAGGUCAUCGCCCAUGAGCUCGCACACCAGUGGUUUGGGAACCUGGUGACGAUGGAGUGGUGGAAUGACCUGUGGCUCAAUGAGGGUUUCGCCAAUUUCAUGAUGUUUAUUUCUCCGAGGAUCACCCACCCGGAGCUGCAAGUGGAUAAAUUCUUCUUGGAGAUAUGUUUCAAGGCCAUGGAGGUCGACUCCCUCAGCUCCUCUCACCCCAUCUCCACCCCCGUGGAAAACCCCACGCAGAUCCAGGAGAUGUUCGAUGACGUUUCAUACGACAAGGGAGCAUGUAUUCUGAAAAUGCUGCAGGACUUCCUGACUCCUGGGGCUUUUGAGAUUGGCAUCAUCCGAUACCUGAAGCACUACAGCUACCAAAACACUGUCAACAGCCAACUGUGGGAGAGCCUAACUGAUAAACGGUACUCCGGUGAUGAGCUGGAUGUCAAGGCCAUCAUGGACACCUGGACGCUGCAGGAGGGCUUCCCGCUGGUCACUGUGGAUGUCAGAGGUCGGGAGGUCAGGCUCAGUCAGGAGCGUUACCUGAAGACAGACGACCAAUCCCUCACUGAAGGAUUCCUGUGGCAGAUCCCACUGACGUACAUGACCAGCGCCUCCAACACCAUCCAACACUUCCUGCUUAAGACAAAGAAUGAUGUCCUGUACCUGCCGGAGAAGGUGGACUGGGUGAAGUUCAAUGUGGACAUGAGAGGCUACUACAUGGUCCACUACGCAGGCGAGGGGUGGAACUCCAUCAUCAAACUGCUGCAGCACAAUCACACAGCCCUGCGCAUCAACGACCGCGCCAGCCUCAUCCACAACGUCUUCCAGCUGGUCAGCACAGAGAACGUGAAGCUAGACACGGCUCUGGAGCUGUCUCUGUACCUGUCCAGAGAGACUGAGAUCAUGUCUGUGAAGCAGGGCUUUGGACAGCUCGAACCUCUUUACAAACUGAUGGAGAAGAGAGACAUGCCCGCCCUGGAGAACCAGAUGAAGGACUACGUUUUGGAUCUGUUCCGGGGGCUGAUUGAUCGGCAGGAAUGGAGUGACUCUGGAUCAGUGUCUGAGCGAAUGCUGAGGAGCAAGCUGCUGCUGUUUGGCUGCGACAGGAACUACGCGCCCUGCGUGACAAAAGCCACCGAGCUCUUUAACAAGUGGAAGGACUCUGACGGCACCAUGAGCCUCACUGUUGACGUCACCACGGCUGUGUUUGUGAUUGGAGCUCGAACACCAGAGGGAUGGGACUUCCUGUUUGAGAAGUACCGCAGUUCGAUGCAAAUAUCGGUAAAGAGCCGCAUGAAGAUUGCAAUGGCCGGCAGCCCCCUGCAGGACAAGCUCAAGUGGAUGAUGGAGCAGAGCCUCCAGGGUGAGGUGAUGAAGACUCAGGACCUCCCGGGCGUGGUUGUCAGUAUCAGCAAGAACCCCCAUGGCUACAAACUGGCCUGGGACUUCCUCCAAGACAACUGGAACACCCUGAUCAAGAAAUUUCACUCGGGCUCUAGCACCAUAUCGCAAAUGGUGACUGGGGUGACGGACCAGUAUUCUACCAGGGAGAUGUUAGAUGAGGUGAGAAGCUUCUUUGGCUCUCUGAAUGAGGAGUCGGGCUCAGAGAUGAGGUGUAUCAGGCAGACCAACGAGACCAUCGAGGGUAACAUUCGCUGGAUGGACACCAACCUUCCUCUGCUGCAGGCCUGGCUGGACAAACGCAGCCCUAGAGCCGUGCAUGAAGAUUUAUAGUUCCAGGGGAAACCGAAAAGUUUAGAUUGGACGAUUAUGUGGCUAAAGGCAGAAACGACAAGAGGUAUGGAUGCAACUCAAAAGACUUGAAGCAUCUCUUGGAGUCCGACUUGAAUCACAAAUUUGAUGACUUAAUAUUUGAACACAGAAUUCAAACAGACUUGCAGUUCAACUUUGAUUUUAACACCAGUGACUCCUGACUUAUACCCAAAUGUAAAGAUAAAAGAAACAAAUUUGGAUGCUGUGUUAUCUCAGUGCAAAUUAUUAAUUACCCCAAACCUGACUGACCUGAUUUGGCACUUAUGUGUCAACACUUAUGACUUACUUGUGACUUGCAAAACAAUUACGUUCUGCCAACUCUGUAAAAUACAGCCUGUGUUUCUCAAAGGGGGUGUUCCUCAGGUUCAAACAGAUCUAAGUAGAUUUCCUUAAAGGACCCCACAUGGGAACGGUUUGAGGGGGUAAUAUCACUUUGAAAAAUGUACUCUGUCAUGACACCUGAACAUUUGUGCUCAGAACUGUCUGUGUGUGUUUGCAUGUUUGUUGGUGUGUGUGUUGUGUGAAGUUGGGGUGGGUGAGUUUUUACCUGACAUUUUAAGAUGUUCAAAGAUGAAUUCUGUGUGAAGUCUCUGUUUUUGUAAAGUUUAUUUCCAUCUGUGCUGCAUUAUCACUGCAGAAAGCAACAACAUCCAUAUUGUACAGUGUUGUACAAAUAGUAAAUGUUGCACAAAAUAAAUGUCGUGCACAUUGGGUAUUUAUUUUUUCCUCAAAUAUUUACCAGAUACCAGACCACUCCUUCUCACUUAAAAAAACAAAACCAAAAAAUGAUUGGAUAUUCCCUCUCACCAGAAAUUCACCAGAAAGAAGGUUACUGCCUUCAGCCUUCAGUAAACAUGCUUCAAGUUAAGGGAUAAUGCACAGCGAGCCGGUCAUUGUUGUGAAAUAAACCCCGACAGGGUGGCCCUUUAAAAUGACCCGCUAGCUGUACAUUAUCACGCUUAUUUCUCGGCUACUUACUUAAGAAAUC